AUGGCUACGGCAGUGGCGAUGCCACCGUACUCGAACAAUUCCUCGAUCUACCUGGUCCCGGUGACGAUUCUGGGGGUUAUCGCGCUGGUGCUUGUCGUUCUGCGCACCUACACGCGAGCAACGAGGACACGGAGACUCUACGUAGAUGACUGGCUCAUCCUCGGAGGAGAGGUGCUCUCUCUCCUCAGCAUGUCCUUCGCUUACACGGCUAUCUCACACGGAUGGGGAAAGCCCAUGGCAUACGUUGCACCGAGCGACCUGAAGUUAGCACUCAAGAUGCAGUUUGGAAUGCAAUUAUCAUGGCUCUUUUCGCUAUGCUUGGUACGCCUUUCGGUGGCGGCAUCAUUGCUCCGUUUCGACUCGAGUAAAUGGUGGAAGUGGACUCUGUACUCCAUCAUGGGUCUCCAGUGCCUUAUCACAACAUCGUACUUUGUCAUUCAGCUGGGACAGUGCACCCCAAUCGCCGCAAGCUGGGAGACCGUUCCUGACGUGGUGUGCUGGCCGACGACGCCCAUCGUGAAUUACGGGUGGGCUGUGUCUGGGAUUUACAUUCUAAUGGACCUCGCCUUCUCACUCAUGCCGAUCAAACUCAUUCGCGGUCUCUCGCGGUCAACCUCAGAAAAAGCACUUAUCGGAUUCCUCAUGUCGCUUGGCCUGCUCGCUACAGCUAUCCUCUGCGCGAAGAUGAGCACGUUCCUGGUUUUCGGCGCCGGCGACGCCCUGCAAGCGACCAUGCUCCCUUCCACAUACGCAAUAUUGGAGAACAUCGUCGGCAUUAUCGCAUGCUCACUUCCGGCUUUGAAGUCACCUACCGAGCGAAUAUUGAAGAAACUAGGCAUACUGAAGGAGCACCAAUUGACGCGGCCGAGCUUUGUCAAUACGGUGCAAUUAUCAUCGGAGAUAGAGCAUGGUGCUGACGACAGCCUUGGAAGUCAAGGCUCUUCUCACCUGACAAAGCAUGCCUCACGUAUCGAUUCUGUUGCGUUUAAAACGGGGAGCGUGGUGUCAUCGCAACGGCCAGGGACGGGGUCCGAUGUUGUGUAG